AUGGCGCGUAGCUCGUCCUUCGCCGCUCUGGUGGUUGGUUGCCUGAGCGCAUGGGCCGUGUGUCAGUGCUUCGUGAAUGGGCCCGCCGCAAGGCGCGAGGUCUCCGUGGCUGCCGCUGCCGAAGUGAAGUACGAAACGGAUAUGCCUGCAGAAAACGGCGUCUACCCAGUGGGCAAUGCCAAGCGGACUGCGCCCUACGGCGAGCGUGACCCGUUGCCGGAGGGCUACGGCAUCCGCACCGGCCUGUCGGACUUGCUGAAGCCCCUUAAUGCUGAGGCAGGCGUUGUGGCCAAGGAAGACAGCAUCCCCACCGUGCUUGUGAUGGUCACUGGCAUUGUCCUGCUUUUCCUCUUCUACUUGCUGCUGCUGCUUCUCGACAACCAGUCUGUGCUGCUGCCGCCGGAGGAUGAGUUCGAUGAGUACGUGCAGAACUUCCUCCCAUAUUUCUUCUUCGGUGAGAAGUGA